AUGAGCGGAUCAGCUGCCAACAGCGCCCCGCGGCGGGUGGUGGUUACCGGCGUCGGACUGCUGUCGGCAGUGGGCGACUCGCCAGCCGCACUGUGGACUGCGCAGCGUGAAGGGCGCAGCGGGCUGGCGCCGGUGGAGAUGUUCGACACCGCGGCGCUCGGCACCUCGAUCGGCGCCGAGAUCCGCGACUUCGCGCCGCUCGAGUACCUGGGCAAGGUCAACCUGAGGCCGCUAGACCGCACCGGUCGGCUGACGGUAGUAGCGGCCCACCUUGCACUCGAAGCCAGCGGCUGGAGCACCGAGGCCCGGGCCGAGAAAGAAGUCGGCCUGGUGCUCGGCACUAUGUUUGGCAGCGUGCACACCAUUUCCGAGUUCGAUAUCCGCGCCCAGACCGCCGGGCCGAACUACGCCAAGCCGCUGGUGUUCGCCAACACGGUGAUCAACGCGGCCGCUGGCCAAGCGGCGAUCUGGCACGGCCUGCGGGGCGUCAACUCGACUUUUGCCGGCGGCACCACUGCCGGCCUGCAAGCCAUCGCCCAGGGUGCCGACUUGAUCCGCACCGGCCGCGCUGACGUACUGCUGGCCGGCGGUGCCGAGGAGCUUUGCUUCGAGUCGUUCUGUGGAUUCGACCAGGCCGGCCUGCUGGCCGCCCCGGUCAAUGGCAAUGCAGCCUGCGCGGUACCCUUCGCGGCCCGCCGCAACGGCUUCGCGGCCGGUGAAGGCGCGGCGCUUCUGAUGUUAGAAGAAGCUUCCGUCGCCAAACGACGCGGGGCGACAAUUCUGGCCGAGAUCCGCGGUCACGCCAGCUGCUACGACUGCUCGCGCGGCGAGCAGGCCGACUCCGCCAGCGCCGCGCUGCAAUACGCGGUAACCACCGCGCUGGCCGAUGCCGGGGUCGAGCCGGCGCAGAUCGACGCGGUCAGCAGCUCGGCCAACGGUAGCCCGAAGGGCGAUCUAAACGAAGCCAACGGCUUGGUGGCGGCCUUUGGCGAGCACGCUACCGAGCUAUCGGUGAUGGCGGUCAAGUCGAUCCUCGGCGAGACCUUCGGUGCCGCCGGGGCCUUCCAGGCGGUAGCGCUGCUCGGCGCCAUGCGAGAUCGCUACGUACCGGUAGUCGCCGGGCUCGAAGAAUGCCUGGACAGUUGGCCGCUAGCACCGCUACGCUCGACCGCUCAGCCAGCAGACUUGCGCCUUGGAUUGGUCGAUACCUUGGGGCUCGACGGCAACGUCGCCGCCCUGGUGCUCGAGCGUGGCGCGGACCUGAAGGCGGCCGAAUCUUUGUUUGUGGAAUCAUCUGACGGAGGGUCUUGA